UAUAAGUUAAAGGCCUUAUUACGGUAUUCUACCAAAAUGCCGGCCGGAAUGAAGCCUCUUGAAAAGUUUUUGAAGAAACAGACCACUGCACUAACUCGGGCCGGUGGCUUCGGAGACAAGGCAACUGGCACAGGGGCAUCUAGGCGACGAGCGAGCUUGUCCCGUGUAGUGCCAUUCUUCAGGGAGACUUCUCCAGAGGGUAGUUCGGCCCGAGAGGUGUUCAGCCCGGACACAGAGGAGGCACCUUGCUGGCCAUCAGCCACUGCGGACAUAAGGAGUCCAUCCUUGUCCAGCGACGAGCAGAGCUCCGAAGCGAGCUUGGACACGAGUUGGACCCCGUUGCCUGCAGAUACUCCAGACAACCUUGCGCUUGCGCUUCUCGACAGUGUGGCGGGGAAGCGCUUCGGGAACUGCACAGAAAUACUCCUGGACGACUUUAUGCUGACACACCCUAUCUUCCUGGCCUCCGACAGGUUCCAGCAGGUCCUGCUUCAGCAGUUUGGUGCAGAGGGGAAACAGGGCGAAGCCUGGCCCAGCUGGGAUGGCGUGGAGCGGAAACAGGCCGUGCUGAGCGUGGCCUUCCGUUACCUGGACACGUACAGAGAGCUGCUGCAAGAGGAGGGAGACAGGUCCAACAGCUUCCCAAAGGAGCUGUAUCUCUGUGCUGUGCAAGAACUCAGUCGGUUCCCUGAGCUUGUGGAGGAUGUUCUAAAACUCCAACGCUGGACAGAAAUACUGCAUAACCAAACGGAGGAAGACAAGGACAGUCGAAAGAAGCAAGUGCGUCCGCUCUUCCGACAUUUUCGCCGAAUCGACGCUUGCCUGCAACCUCGAGAGGCCUUUCGCGGCUCGGACGAGAUCUUCUGCAGGGUAUACACACCAGACCACUCAUACGUGACCAUCCGCAGUCGGCUGUCCUGCCGCGUGGGGGAGAUCCUGGCUCUGGUUCGAGAGAAGCUUCAGUACAGCGAAGACCAACCUACUCAACCCGGAAAUCUCAUACUGGUGGCCGUCACCUCCUCUGGAGAGAAGGCCGUGUUCCGUCCCAGCGACGAGGCCGUCUUCACCACGCUGGGCGUCAACACCCACUUGUUUGCCUGCGAACCCUCAGAGCUGGAGAGCUUGAUGCCUCUGCCCGAGGAAAUCCACUGGUCGCCCGGCGACAGUAAACUCCACGACAUGAGCGCGGAAGAGGUGGCCAAUCAGCUGGUGGUAUUUGACUGGGAACUCUUCAGCUGCGUCCACGAGGUUGAAUUUGUGUGUUACGUGUUCCACGGGGAGCAGGCUCGCUGGCGCCCCCUUAAUCUGGAGCUGAUAUUGCAGCGAUGCAGCGAAGUGCAGCACUGGGUUGCCACGGAAAUCCUUCAGUGCCAGUCCCUUCCCAAGAGGGUGCAGCUACUGCGCAAGUUCAUCAAGAUCGCAGCUCUGUGUAAGCAGCAGCAGGACCUGCUGUCUUUCCUGGCUAUCGUCCUUGGCCUGGAUAACCCUGCAGUCAGCCGUCUUCGCCUUACCUGGGAGGGUUUGCCAGGAAAGUUCCGGAAGCAGUUCCAGCAGUUCGAGAGCGUUGCGGAUCCUUCAAGGAACCACAAGUCCUACAGGGACCUCUUAGCCAGCCUGAAACCCCCCCUCAUCCCCUUCACUCCGCUGCUCCUGAAAGAUUUGACCUUCCUCCAUGAGAGCUGUAAGACGUUCCAUGGGGAUCUGGUCAAUUUUGAGAAAAUGCACAAGGUGGCUGAGAUGGUACGAUGCAUCAGACGAUACAGGAGUUCUCAGCUUUCUGUAGAAGCAGAGCCCUCUCCUUCUCAUCUCCAGACCAAGGCAUAUGUAAGGCAGCUGCAGGUCAUCGACAAUCAAAACCUGCUCUUCGAGAUGUCCUGCAAACUGGAGCCCAAAGACAUGUGA